AUGGCGAAAAAGUUGACAAGGGGUAGGCAAAAGGUUCCUGUAGCGAAAAUGGAAAUGAUGAACAACCUACCGGUUACCUUCUCGAAACGUCGCAAUGGCCUUUUCAAAAAGGCAAGUGAACUUUGCACACUUACUGAAGCAGAAAUUGCUUUGGCGGUGCUCUCUCGAGGACAGAAGGCUUACUCCUUUGGCAAUUUAUCUUUUGAAUCUGUCGUUCAUAAGUACCUUGGAAGAAACCCUGCACCCAGCAUGCAUGCCAUUGAAAAACACUUGAAAGCUGAGAGAAGACGCGGUGAAAUCUUUGAUCGGAGGAUAAAAGAGGGCCAACAUAAGUAUUGGUGGCAGGUUCCAAUUAGGGAGCUGAAUUUAGUGCAACUUCAAAAGUUGCAGGAGGCACUGGAAGACAUGAAGAAGAAGAUUGAGAAUGAAUUGCAUAAGCGCCAAAUUGAGGCAACAAAUAUAUGUCAAUACUUGACCAAAAGGAGUAAUUCGGCAUCUGGCCCUAAUGAAUUUUCCCCAUUUGGUGCUAUAGCAGUUGACCAUCUUGCAACAACUAUUUUAAAUGCUAGGGCACCUGUAACUGGUGGUUCCAACAUCUCUCAAGGAAACAAACCUAGCUGCUUUUACAAGUUUUUGUAA